UUGUGCUCCUCUGAUGGUCAGUAGGGGCCACACCCUCACAUCCGAGUCAACGUUCCAACCUGUAACUGGUCAUUUAAAACAAGUGGGCCCUGUGCUUUCAAACCAGCCUUUGUUUUCUUUUACCUCUGAGUCAACAGGUCACCCAGGUGCUAGUCAGUUAAAACAAGCAGCCACUGCUCUUAAAAAUCAGGCCACUUUUGACAGCCAACAGGUGCGUGUCACAGGUUCGAGUGUUAGCACUGCGGCUGAAAAUAAUGCUGUUGGUGUAAACACGGGCCAGACACAGAAGUGGAAGAUAUGUACUGUAUGCAAUGAGCUUUUUCCCGAAAACCUUUAUAGUGCUCAUUUUGAGAAGGCACAUAAGGCAAAGAAAAUAUGGGCAAUGGCAAACUAUAUCAUGAAAAUUCACAACUUCACCAGCAAGUGUUUGCUUUGCAAUCGCUAUCUGCCCAGUGAUACGCUACUCAACCACAUGCUAAUCCAUGGUCUUACUUGUCCGCAAUGCUACACUGUUUUCUACAGUGUUGAGAAAAUCAUUGAGCAUGUGAGUCAAGCUCAUCCUGAUGACUUUCUUGGACUGCCUGGUGCAUCACCAUUAACCUUUGACCUAACCAUCAAACAAGACAAGUCUGCUAAUGUCCAGCUUGUUGUAAUGACCUUUAACAUGAAGGAAUCUACCAACGGUCAAGAUAUGGCUGCUUCUGCUCAAUAUAGUGACUAUCCUACAGUCAGAAUAACAGCCCCUAGCAUUAUUGACAAAACGAAUGAUCCAACUGUGAGACAUUCACUUUCAGCGUCCCUGUCUUGCAGGACUGAAAUUGGAAAAACUCUGUGCCCUCUGUGUUUCAGCAUUCUCAAAGGUCCACUCUCUCAUGCUCUCUCCAUGCAUUUGAGGGAACGCCACCAGGUCCUCCAAACAAUGCAUCCUGUAGAAAAAAAGAUGACAUACAAGUGCAUUCAUUGCUUAGGAGUGUACACAAGUAACAUGGUGGCCUCCACCAUCACGCUGCAUCUUGUGCAGUGCAGAGCCAUCGGUAGAAGCCAGGCAGGCAUAAACUCUAAUUCUGCAUUAACUCUGAAUUCAUCUGGGACCGGCUUCCUCAAACGACAGCUGCAAAAUCGGAGCAUGGUCAACCCCAAGAGGAUCAAGCUGGGUAAGGAGUCAAAGCCAGGAUAUCAAGCAGGAUCUGGUAUUCUUGCACUGGAUCCCACAAGGUAUGAGCACAAAACGUACGAGGCCAGAAAAGCUUUCCUGACGGCAUACUUCAGCAAGCGGCCAUACCCAUCUUCUCAGGAAGUGGACAUGUUGUCUGCAAGUCUGUGGCUGUGGAAAUCAGACAUCGCUAACCACUUUGCAACCAAGCAAAGGAUAUGUCAGAAAGAAUGUGUGAACAAAAAAGCAUCUGUGCUACUUGGGUUUGACAUGCAUGCUCUCCUUGAAGUUAAGCACGAACUUAACUUUCCAGAGCAUUUGUCACAGCACUUCUCUGUCAGAAGAUCUAGAAGUCUCAAAGAUGGCACUCCAUACACCGGCAGAAACAAGCAAUGUUGGACUUUCAACUCUACCUCGAAACAAGUUAUAUGCACAGAGACAAUAUCCAUUGACUCAGAUAGUGAACCUGAAAUGGAGAAGAAGCCUAAUGAGAAUGGAAUGUUGACCAACCCAACAAAGAAUCUAAAAUUCCAAGACACAGUAAACCUUGUGGAUGAAACAGAUGUGUGCAUUUUGCAAGAUGAGAAAGAAAUUCUGGUUGAAGAGGCUUCCUCUGUUAAUAAAGAUGUUCCUUCAACAGAAACAAGUUCUCCACAAGUCACGGCAGCACAUCCAGCUGAAGACACUACCUCUGUAAAAGAUGUCCCUAAUACAGAAAAGAGUUCUCUACAUGAUGACAAAUCAAAACUGGGGGAUGAGUCAUCAUGUAUAGAGGAUGUUUCUUUUACACACAUGAGCUCUUUGCAAGAAGGUAAAGCAACCCUGGUGGAAGAUAUUCUCACUAUUGAGGAUGGUCCUCUCGAAAUGAGCAGUUUGCAGGAUAGCAAAGCGAACCUAUUGGAAGAUGCUCCUUCAGUUGAAGAUGUUCCUUCUCCAGUGAUGAGUGUUUUGCAGGAUAGCAAAGCAAACCUACUGGAUGAUACUCCUUCAGUUGAAGAUGUUCCUUCUCCAGUGAUGAGUGUUUUGCAGGAUAGCAAAGCAAACCUACUGGAUGAUGUUCCUUCUCCAGUGAUGAGUGUUUUGCAGGAUAGCAAAGCAAACCUACUGGAUGAUCUUCCUUCAGUUGAAGAUGUUCCUUCUCCAGUGAUGAGUGUUUUGCAGGAUAGCAAAGCAAACCUACUGGAUGAUCUUCCUUCAGUUGAAGAUGUUCCUUCUCCAGUGAUGAGUGUUUUGCAGGAUAGCAAUGCAAACCUACUGGAAGAUGCUCCUUCAGUUGAAGAUGUUCCUUCUCCAGUGAUGAGUGUUUUGCAGGAUAGCAACGCAAACCUACUGGAAGAUGCUCCUUCAGUUGAAGAUAUUCCUUCUCCAGUGAUGAGUGUUUUGCAGGAUAGCAACGCAAACCUACUGGAAGAUGCUCCUUCAGUCGAAGAUGUUCCUUCUCCAGUGAUGAGUGUUUUGCAGGAUAGCAACGCAAACCUACUGGAAGAUACUCCUUCAGUUGAAGCUGUUCCUUCUCCAGUGAUGAGUGUUUUGCAAGCUAACAAAGCAAACCUGGAAGAUUUUUCAUCGAUGAAGGACGUUGCUUUUGCUGAGAUGAGCUCAGUGGAAGAAAGAAAUCUGAUGGGCAACAUUCCCUCUGACCAGGAUGACCCUUCUGCAGAGAUGAGUUCUUUGCAAGACAGUAAAGCAAAUCUAGAUGAUUUUCCCUCUGUUGCUGAGGGUGCUUCUUCUGCAGGGAUGAAUUCUUUGCAAGAUCACAAGGAAAACCUGGUGGAAGACUUUUCAACUAUGGAGGAUGUUGCUUUUGCCGAAGUGGGGUCUUUACAAGAUGACAAAGCAAAUCUGCUGGAUGACUUUUCAGCGAUGGAUGAUGUUCCUUUUGCAGAGAUGAGCUCUUUGCAAGAUAAAGCAAACCUGCUGGAACAUUUGUCAUCUUUGGAGGAUGUUCCUUCUACAGGGAUGUCUUUACAAGAUGGCAAAGCGGACCUGUUGGAAGACUUCAUCUAUUGAGAGCAUUUCUUCAGAGAUUUCUCUGCAAGAUGGCAAAGUGAACCUAUUGGAAGAUCUUCCCUCUGUAAAUAACUAUUAUACAGACAUGACUACUUUGCAAGAUGGGAAAGAGCCUAGCAGAAGCUUACGUGUCGAUGAGUGAGGAUGUUCCUCCUAUAGACUUGAGCUCUUUGCAAGAUGGAAAAGCUAAUGUGCCUUGGAUGAGUGACAGGUCAGCUUUAAUGUGAUGUGUAGAAGCUUUGAAGUUUGAGAAAGUAAUGAGAAAUGGGCCUCAAAGCAAUGUUACAGAUUGCAAACAUUUGGUUGGGUGAAAAUCAAGUAAGAUGCUGUAAUUCCAGUUAUUGAACUCCAGUCUCCAGUACCAGUGUUGGAAUGGUUGAGAAUAAAGUUACAUUUAUAGUGCAUAAACCAUAAACCUACUCAAACCUAAGGCAAAUGUAAUUUAUCUUUGUGGCAUUGUAUAUAGUGUAGCAAUUGUUUGUUAGUUUCCCUCUACAAUUUAUUUGUUAGUUCUGUAUUCUGAAGUCAUGACGGAGUUUCUGCUUCCACAUUUUUUUUCCUCCCUAAAAAUGGUGACAUUGAACUGUAUAUGGUCACUUGACAUCUAGAAAAGAUGUAGGAUAUGCUGAUUGCUCAUGUACACGUUUUAAUAAACAAGUUUGCCAAUAAAUAAAACACUUUUUGUACGCAAG